AUGUAUGUUUCCUUCUGUAGCACCGCAAAUUCUAUCUCACAACUCUACACUCGCGCCAUGAAUCAACAGAAACUCUCCUUCCAUGUCGGUGAAUGUAACGCCCUUGAAAACUUUAUCGGUGGAUUUGGAAAUAAUAAGAAGGAGGGUCAAGGGUUGGGGAAGUUGAUUGAGGAUGAACUUAAAGCUUGGGAUGUGGAGUUUGUUAAGGUUGAUCAGGUUACCCUGUUUGACCCUAUAUUGGUUGUUAACUACUUAAACAUCAAGAACCUGCUUGAUCUAGCAUGCCAGACUGUAGCAGAUAUGAUCAAAGGAAAGACACCUGAAGAGAUCCGCAGGACCUUCAACAUUAAGAAUGACUUCACACUUGAGGAAGAGGAGGAAGUUCGUUGUGAAAACCAGAGAGAGAUUAUGAAGAGUGAUGAAUGA